UACACUAAUCAGGGAGUAGCACUGAAACCUGAACAAAGCAAAGUCCCAAAGAUGGAAACGGAAUUUCUCUGUUGAUUGUGUGAGAGUGUUGUGUAAAAGGUUGUGUUCUGCGAAAGUAGCGUUGACUCUGAGUUUGGGAGUUGGUUCAAGUAAUAGUUGUUUACUUCAUACUAGUUGAUUUGUCGAGAGACAAGACAGUCGCAGCGCGAAUUAAUUCACCACCUGGUGUUUAUACCUAGCGGUGGUGCAUCACCGAGCUAGCUGAACAGUGACUUGUACUCGUGCGCACGUUUGCGUGGUUGCUGUACUCAUCGGGCAACCUCAUCCGUCAUCGUUCCGGCGGGGUGUGGAAUCGAGAAGUGGAGCUGAGUACGCUGGCCCCCACUGCCCCAGCAGCCCAGGCCGUAAGAUUCCGAGGAGCAGAGGCCUAUAUCAACAACAAGACCAAAGAGGUGCGGGUAAAAUCGCCAACCAAGAGAAACAUUGGCAUUUCAGUGUGGAACUGUGCUGGCGCAUAGUGUGGCGGUUUGUCCUGCAAACGAGUACCACGAUAGCAACUCUGGCCAUCUUGGAUGUGCGCAGGUUAGAAGUUAGUUAGCUAGCAAGCGGGACAGCGAAGAUGACGCGGGACACUGUGGUAUUGGUGCGUGAUCCGAUUACGCGCGAAGAUGGCGGAAAGCACACAGACUAUGAAAUUUACGUUAGGACUACAAAUAUCCAGUUCAACUCCGCAGAAUCCUGCGUCAGGCGGAGGUUCCGAGAGUUUGUGUGGCUUCGUCAGCAGCUUGCAACAGCUGGAAUAAAAAACCUUCCAGAUCUGCCACCUAAGAAGAUACUUGAUCGGUUUGAGGAAGACUUCGUGGAGUUUAGACGGCAAGGCCUUCAGAGAUUCCUGAAAGAAUUGGUGACCAUGCCAGCUGUCAUGCCAGAGAGGAGCUUUCACAUGUUCCUGCAGACUAGUCACAGUACGAGCGACAUCGCGUCUAUGCUCAAUCCCACGACGUCACCUACCCCGUCAACGCCUGACUACACCUGGUCACCGCAAGUAUUCGUGGUCAAGGAUCCAUUAAGUCGCCAGAUGCCGAGUAAUCGCUCCUCACCUCUGACCGUCAACCAUGCCACCAGCAUGGGCGCAGACAGCAAUGCUGGCUCUGGAAGCAGCGCGGGCUCGGCAUCACUACCUGGCGGUGCUUCACAGUACAGCAGCUUUCCGAGCACUGCGGGGCCAUCGCCCGUGGAUCACCAUGGCCUGCUGGGCAGCCUGAGAGAUGAGCCUGCUCAGCCGGGCAGCAGCAUGCCAACCACACCCGCCGACAGCCGCUCCACCACGCCAGGUGAUCCGCCGCGCAGACCCAGCUCAGCACACUGGCAGCAGCAUAGUCCGUUCGGCAGUCGGCCACACGCUGAGCGCAAAACAGACUCCGCUGGCAUGGUUCAAGUCCCACUAUAGCCGCUGUAGAUCCGGCAGUUUAGUCAUGAACAAAUCAGACGAGAGCUUCAAUGGGGCCUGUGUCAUGAUUCCCGGCGCAGUAGUAGCGCAAAACCGCACUCAACUGUGACUGGAGCCCGGUCCAGUUUGCCAUACAACCCGCAGUAUUCACUAUUCAGUAUGCCGUGCUAACUUAAUCCACAACAAGUAAAUGAGAUGCCGCAUGGACCUUGCAUCAUGCAUGGCGCUCUAAACUAAACUGCCCCUUCUGGGAUGCUCUCCUUCUACCAUUAUAUCAUCAAGUUUGAGACCAUUCAUCUCAGUGUCCACCGGAAGUUCAGCUCUAUUGAUCAUUGACUCCAAUUGGGACACCGUGAGUAUGCAAUGCCGCAUACUGAACAGUGGACUGCUGUCCACUGGCUUAUAGAAAUUUGAAUUGUUGAGUUUGUCGCAUUUCAACUUGUGAUUUCAAUAUUCUUCAAAAUAUCAUGGUUGUAUUUAUGGUAUCACCACUGAAUGGCUAGCCAGGAUGUGUGGUAAGGUAGUAGGCCCGAGUCUUGUAGUCCGACCCAACUUGAUAAUCAUAGUUACUAGUACUAGUACAGUAGUAUAUGCACCUGCUCUAUCCGCUGUGAUUUGGUAGUCUUGCCGGCUGAGUCUUCAGUGCCCCUGGGUGCCGCAUUUGGUUUUUUACAGUGCAAGUGUAGCUUUGCUUCGAUCAGCCUUCAUGGACUGACCAUUCUUGCCUGCCAUGUUUUCCUUAGUCAAUUACUUGAUUUGCCCGCCUCUCUAUUUUAUCAUCAUUGAUUCAAUUAUUCAGCUUUUUGGGCCCCCUGAAGCCAGCAAGCAGCAGGGAGUCGUAACUUGGACACGCUCCCUAGCCCUGCAAGCAAGUGUGCAUCACGGA